CCUUAAUCCAUACUUGCGCAUACGCAAAAUAGGUUUAGUCGCAGAGUCUAUACUUUGAACAAAAUCCGAUCACCCCAUAUGGUGUUCACUCGGCAUCAUUCGAUCGGGCACGGCAACGCAGACUAGGGGCCUUCCCCGGUUAAGAACGGGCCAUUCGGCAAGGCUAUCGGUUUGCCUUGUCGGAUAAUAUCUGGCAUCUGGACUCUGGAGUUCUUAGAAGAUGGAACGAGCGAAGCCGAAGGAAACCCAUCGGCCAGAUGUCUCUCGACCUUGCUUCUCUUUUAUCCAGUGGUUCUACGGCCCAGCGGGUCAAGUUCCACUUUAUCGGUGGACUAAACCAGCCCCUACAAAGAUGACCCAAGGGUCCAACCGGUUAAUAUCAGUCAAUUAUAAGGCAUUGGCAUUCGAAGUUCGUGCCGAGUGUUGCCCGGUCAGUUCGUUUGGACCUUUGCCUAGAAAAUGUUGUCAAUGUUAGAUGGGUGAGACAUUUAACAUCCUGUCGAUUCCGGUUCUGCAACUGAAUGACAUGAAGCUAUUUAUCCUUGCAAUUACCAGUGCCAUCGUCCUCUAUAUAGAGACUAGUAGUUUUAUAGACACAUCAGUCCAAAACACUACGUACUUAAACGGCACAGUUUUCAAGACAUCAUUCUUCGAAUACCCCCACCAUCCCACCUCUCAUACUAUGUGUGGUAGAUGCUACGUAUUACCCGACGUCUUCGGGCUUUCUGCUGAUUGCACCGCUUCUUGAGACUUGAUUUCUAACUUUUACUCUUUUUUGUCUGCUGGUUUGGGCU